CCUCCACGCCGCCCCCUCCGCAUUUCCCGUGCUCCUCUCGUUCCGGCAUGGCGGAGCAGACGCAGCCACAAGGGGAAGGCGGCGCUAGCCCCAAGCACGAGUCCCUGAUGGAGAAGCUCGCCGACAAGCUCCACGUCGGCGGCGGCAAGGCCGACUCCUCCUCCUCCUCGGACUCCGACAGUGACGAGCGGCCCCGCCCCUCGGCACCGCCUGCCGACGAGCUCAAGCAGCCCUCCUUCUCCGACGCCGCCGCCACGGCGGCCGCCGAGGCCAAAGCCAAGGUGUUCCGCCUUUUCGGCCGCGAGCAGCCCAUCCACAAGGCCCUCGGUGGCGGCAAGCCUGCUGAUGUGUUCUUGUGGAGGAACAAGAACAUCUCUGCUGGAGUACUUGGUGGUGCCACAGCAAUCUGGAUCUUAUUUGAAUUGCUUGGCUACCAUCUCCUUACUUUUGUUUGCCAUGGUCUCAUAUUCGCCCUGGGUGUUCUCUUUCUCUGGUCCAAUGCUUCAUCGUUUAUCCACAAGGCUCCACCAAAGAUCCCAGAGGUGAUCAUUCCUGAAGAUUUAGUUGUCAACAUUGCGCUAUCCACUCGUUACGAGAUCAACAGAGCCUUUGCCAAUCUCCGCCAGAUUGCUCUUGGCCGGGACCUAAAGAAGUUCCUAAUGGUUAUUGCUGGGUUUUGGUUGCUUUCUGUUCUUGGAAGCUGCUGCAACUUCUUGACCUUAGUUUACAUUGUCUUUGUGGUGCUGCACACAGUACCUGUCCUGUACGAGAAGUACGAGGAUCAGAUUGACUCGUAUGGCGAGAAGGGGUGGGUUGAAAUUAAGAAGCAGUAUGCCGUGUUCGAUGAGAAGGUUCUGAGCAAAGUACCCAGGGGUCCUGCGAAAGACAAGAAGCACUAGAUGCAAGUGAUUCGAGGUCCCUGUUAGUAGGGAAUGCUAGCAAAACCGGUUCGAGUUUCUCCGGAGGGGGGCAGCACUUGUGGGUGUGAGCACCAGUUUGCCACCUGUGCAUUACGUUGCGUAUGGCUGCUUAGUUGUUUGGUCUUGAUGGGAGUAAGCCGAAUUGCUAGCUUUGCGCUUCAUCCAGUGAUGCAGACGCAGCAUACGAAUUUCUGUAGUGCUGUUUGAGUUUGAUCUGUGUUGUAUGAUGUGUGCAGACUGUGCUUGCGACACUUUUUUGGUACUUAUAUAUUGAUGCAUUUUGG